AUGUCUAAAACCCAAUUUUCAGAACUCCUUGAACAGGCAGAACGUCGUCGUGCCGGUAAGGGAAAUAAGUCAGGCAAGAAGAAAUCAAAUAUUGCAUUAAUGCCCCAAGUUACAGUCAACAUUCCAGAAAAGGAAAUCGAUUUUAAUAAAGAAUGCGGAUGCUACGGUACUGAACAUCCAGCAAUUAAUAACUGUAUGAACUGUGGGCGUGUUAUUUGUCGUGCAGAAGGAGAAAGACCUUGUCCAUACUGUGGAACACCAGUUUUCUCAGAUGAAACUCUCGAAAAUCCAGAUAAAAUGGAAUACCUAGCGGCCCAAUUCCAGGCACUUGCAACAAAAACUGGAUGGGUCCCAAUUUGCGAUCGAGAUCUCAAAAAGUCUGUUGCUGCACCUCAUACAGAGACAAAGAUAUACGAUUUAGAAACAGAUUGGUUCUCUAAUGAAAUCGCUAAAAUUUACGGUCUUGAAGAAGAAGAAGAAGAGGAGGAAGAAGAGGUCAAUCAGGGCCCUGUCUUCAGUGAUUAUGAGGAAGAUGCUGAAUAA